AUGUUAAAUAAUGCUCCCCCUGAAGUGGUGGUGGCUCCUCCCUCGCUGCAUGCAGGGUUUGUGCUUCGAGGUUUGCAGCGUCGUUUUAAUGUCGGUUUACAAGACGGCUGUUUAGUAAACACUUUCGGGGCUUUUACUGGCGAGAUAAACCCUCAAAUGAUGAAGGACUUCGGCAUCAAAGCGGUUAUCGUAGGACACAGCGAAAGGCGAGCGGGCUUCGGCAAACAACCUGGGGAGAGCAACGAGGUUGUGGCGGCUAAGGCGAAGAAUGCAGUAAACCACGGCUUGCAAGUAAUUGCAUGCAUAGGUGAAAGCCUAGAAACGAGACAGAGCGGCAAGACGAUGGAGUUUUUAGGCAAACAACUCGAGGCGUACGCGUCUGCACUGUCUGCGUCUGACUGGCAAUCAGUUGUAAUUGCCUACGAACCGAUUUGGGCGAUCGGCACGGGGAAGACAGCCACCCCACAGAUGGCUCAGCAGACCCACAAAGAGAUUCGAGAGUGGCUGAGGCAGCACGUCGGCGAGCAGCAAGCGAAGGACGAUUUGUUUGGCGGGGAGGACAUCGAUGGCUUCCUCGUGGGCGGCGCUUCUUUGACUGAAGAUUUUCACGCUAUCCUUAAGGCAGCUAAAGCCCCUAAACCCUAA